AUGGCGGCCGAGGAGAUGCACUGGCCGGUGCCCAUGAAGGCCAUCGGUGCCCAGAACCUGCUGACCAUGCCUGGGGGCGUGGCCAAGGCCGGCUACCUGCACAAGAAGGGUGGCACCCAACUGCAGCUGCUCAAAUGGCCCCUGCGCUUCGUCAUCAUCCACAAGAGGUGCAUCUACUACUUCAAGAGCAGCACGUCCGCCUGUCCACAGGGCGCCUUCUCGCUGAGCGGCUACAACCGGGUGAUGCGGGCGGCUGAGGAGACCACGUCCAGCAACGUCUUCCCCUUUAAGAUCGUCCACAUCAGCAAGAAGCACCGGACCUGGUUCUUUUCUGCCUCCUCGGAGGACGAGCGCAAGAGCUGGAUGGCCCAGCUGCGCAGGGAGAUCGGCCACUUCCACGAGAAGGAGCUGUGCCCGGAUGCCAGUGACCCCGGCUCUGACCUGGACAGGUUCUACGGCGCCGUGGAGCGUCCGGUGGAUAUCAGCUUCUCCUCAUACCCCACAGAGAACGAAGACUACGAGCAUGACGAUGAGGACGACUCGUACCUGGAGCCCGACUCCCCUGACCCCAUGAAGGCCGAGGAUGCCCUGACCCACCCGCCUGCCUACCCGCCGCCUCCUGUACCCGUUCCCAGGAAGCCAGCCUUCGCUGAGGUGCCCCGUGCCCACUCCUUCACCUCUAAGGGCCCAAGCCCCCUGCUGCCACCCCCACCCCCCAAGCGCGGCCUCCCAGAAGUGGGCCCGAACGCAGAGGAUGCCAAGAGGGACCCACUGCUGAGGCGAGGGGAGCCUGGUGCCAGGAUGCCUGUUGCCUCCCGGCGGAUGAGUGACCCCCCGGUCAGCAGCCAGCCCAUUGUGCCCAGUCUUCGGAAGCCCCCCGCCUUCCGGGAGGGUGCCUGCCCCAGUCCGGAGCCCCGAGUCCCCAGCCAUGGAAUUGGUGCCAUCUCGGCCACCGUGGCCGCCACAGAUUCCAGGAACUGUGACAAAUUCAAGUCCUUCCACUUAUCCGCCCGGGGGCCGCCCACACCCGAGCCCCCACCUGUGCCCAUCAACAAGCCCAAGCUCCUCAAGCCGAUGGAGGUGGCCACCCCAAGAGAGGGGGACAGGCCCGGACUCUUUGUGCCCUCUGUGGGCCCCAAACCUCCGAUCCUGAAGCUGCCGGGGCGUGAGGUCCCUGUUCUCCCUGAAGUCGCGCCGAGGCCAGAGAGGCCACCGCUGCCCCACCUUCAGCGAUCACCCCCCGAUGGGCAGAGUUUCAGGAGCUUCUCCUUUGAGAAGCCCCGGCGGCUCUCACAGGUGGACACCGGUGGCGGGGACUCAGAUGAGGACUACGAGAAGGUGCCACUGCCCAGCUCAGUCUUCAUCAACACGACGGAAUCCUUCGAGGUGGAAAGACUGUUCAAGGCCACGAGUCCCCGGGGGGAGCCACAGGACGGGCUGUACUGUAUCCGCAACUCCUCCACCAAGUCGGGGAAGGUGCUGGUCGUGUGGGAUGAGACCUCCAGUAAAGUAAGGAAUUACCGCAUCUUUGAGAAGGACUCCAAGUUCUACCUGGAGGGUGAGGUCCUGUUUGUGAACGUGGGCAGCCUGGUGGAGCACUACCACACACACGUGCUGCCCAGUCACCAGAGCCUGCUGCUGCGACACCCCUACGGCUACACAGGGCCCAGGUGA